AUGACGGCACUGAGAGACUUAGAUAUUAUAAACUUUAGUAAUCCAUCAUCUGGAUUUGACAAUAUAGGACCACAAUGCAAUGAUAUCAAAAGUGGUGAUUUGGACACCGAAGAAGUAAAGUCUAUUUUGCAUCAACAUAAUUUAUAUCGCAAUUUCGUGGCUAGUGGACAAGAAAUACGAGGCAAUCCUGGACCACAACCUCCUGCUAAAAACAUGAUGGAACUAAUGUGGGAUAGUGAACUGGAAAAAUUAGCAAAACGAUGGGUACUUCAAUGUGUUCCAAGCAAAGAUGAGUGUCGUGAUGUAAGUCGUUUUGCGGUGUGGCAAAACAUCCACAUUUUAUACAUUGAGUCACUCGAAGCAGGAACAACUGGUCUCCACCGCAUUCCACUCCACGUUCAAUCGUGGUCGGACGACGUUGAGAAUUUCGAUACUGCCGAAGUUGGGUUAGUGGACUUUGCCAGAGACAACAGAGGUCCAUACAUUGGCAUAGCAGCUGGUAAAAUAACCCAUGUGGGUUGUGGUCGUGCAAUGUACUCAGUAGACUUGCGGCAUUUAAAGAUGACGGAUUUUCAACAGACGUCCAGGGAAAACAAGACCUUUAAUAACAUUCAUUUCUCUCAAACUCAUCAACGCCUUGAAGUACUCGUUUGCAAUUAUGGUCCUAUUGAUCGUACCAAACCACAAAAUCUUUAUGACGACGGAAUCCCUGGACAAUGUCCCGGGGGUCUUACUCACAGCAACCACUAUGAAUAUCUAUGCAAAAAAAAAGAAGAUGAAGAUGAAGAACAAUGGCUUGAACGUAGACGAGAAAAAAAUAGCAGUUGUAGGAUGGAUCAAUUUACCACAAUACUAUUUUCUGCCAUACUUGGACAAUUUGUCAUAAAUAUGUUACUGUCUAUUGGUUAGCGAUAAAAAUACGAUUUUAUUCGGAUUGCCAUUGUGAACACGAUUG